ACAGCGAUUUCAACAAUUGCGAUGAAAAAUUGAGAAAAUCACCGUUUUGAGGUAAAAUCAUCAAUCCAGACAGGGUAGCCUGGAUAAAUGAGUUGAUCGCUAGAUCGUUUGGAAGGCCUGGAUUUUUGGAGACGUUGAAAUGAGCUCAAGUUGCAGUGGUACAAAUGUCAUCUGUAACGCCCUGUUGUUUUUCAUCAGCCUGGAAAAGGAAACACGUUAGUGUCGGGAUCCAGAGCCUAGAUAGCGAGCUGCAUUAAGCCACAUAACAGGGAAAUUGGCCUGUGGUUAAGCGUUCUCUGCACAGCAACGCGGGAACACCACAGACGAAGGAAGUUACACAAACUCUGGCAUUUGAACAGACCGACAUCACGUCCAUAUAAACGGAGUCGAUUGUGUAGCAUUAAAAUGGCGUUCGAUUGCAUCGACAAAAUCGUCAGGUUGUGCUUCUUCAACCACGGUGGAUUCAUCGCGAGGCACCCGAUUCCCUUUCUUCUGGUGCCGCUACUUGUUGCCGGAGCACUGGGGGCUGGGAUGGUGUUUCUGACGGAGGAACAGAGCGUGGAGAACCUGUUCACUCCUGAAAAUGGCCAGGCCAAGACGGACAGAAACACGGUGGAAACAUUAUUUGCCGAGCACGGUGACAAUGACACGUUGGUGUCACGUCUGACGAGACUUGGUCGGGCUGGCAGCGUGAUUAUACGGCACAAGGAUGGACAGAACAUCCUGACCCAGGCGGCCAUGGAUGACAUUUUAGAUUUACACGAGCAGAUCAUGACCACCAGCAUCAAACACGAGAACAAAAACUACACAUUCAGCGAUCUCUGCGUGAAAUGGAACGGUGUUUGUAACGAAAACCCCAUACUGGCUGCCUAUGAUUACAACUCGUCUAAGGUUCCGUCAACCACCCUGACAUUUCCCCUCUAUACCUCACCAGCCGAUAACACCGUAACUUAUUUUCUCGGUGGAGGACUAGCUGGAGUGACUUUUGUAUCAGGUUCUCAAGAUGAUGUCCUCUCGGCUGAGGUCAUUAAGUUGUCCUACUUCUUACGGUAUGAAGACAGUGUGGAGGACCAUCAAAGCGCCUUGUGGGAGGAACAAUUUCUGGAAGUGGCUGAGGCUUUCACGUCAUCGGUCAUCACAGUAACUCGCGAGGUGUCUUCUACUCUAGAGAGCGAGUUGGAUAAAGCUAGUUCCAGUGUCGUAAAGGACUUUUCUAUCACGUUCACCAUCGUGAUCACGUUCAGUAUCUGUUCUUGCGUGAUGCUAGACUGGGUGCGUAGCAAGCCGUGGCUGGCCGCUUGUGGUGUCCUAUCUGCCGGCCUGGCCGUACUUUCAUCAUUCGGGCUGAUGAGCUAUAUUGGAGUACCGUACAUUAAUGUCGUCGGCUCAGCACCAUUUCUCAUCCUCGGUAUUGGAGUUGAUGAUAUGUUCAUCAUGUUGGCUGCUUGGCGACAGACUGAUGUCAGAUGGCCAGUGGAACUACGCAUGCGCCAUGCCUUCUCUGAAGCCGCCAUGUCUAUUACCAUCACGUCCGUUACAGACUCUCUGGCCUUUGGAAUUGGCGCCAUUACGUUCUUCAGAUCUGUCCGUAUAUUCUGCAUGUACACGGGUGUGGCCGUCAUCUUUGCCUACGCCUAUCAGAUCACUUUCUUCGGCGCCUGUAUGGUGCUGACUGGUCGUCGCGAGGCAGCUAACCGACAUUGCAUGUCCUGCCUCAAAGUCCGACCUAAGAAUGAGUCUAAGUCAACAGCCUACACCAUAUUCUGCGCUGGUGGUUCUCCACACCAACCCAGAGUCAGGGAGGGUGGUGACACUAACGACCACGCCCUCAUGCUAUUCUUCAAGAAUUACUACGGCCCGUUUAUCACGCGUUGGUGGGUGGUGAUUCUGACUAUAUUACUGUUUCUGGGCUACCUGGGCACCGCCAUCUACGGAUGCACCCAGGUUCGCGAAGGUCUCACUCUCCGCAACCUUGCCAGAGAUGACUCCUACGCAGCCCACUUUUUGGAUGAUGAAUCGCAGUUUUUCACGACCUACGGCCUUCAAGUUUCGCUGGUCUUCACGGAGCCCAUAGACGUGUGGAAUCCUGUGGUGCAAGAUCUCAUGGAGGAAACCUUAGCUGAGAUGGAGGAGAAUGAGUAUGCGUACGGUAAGGAUCAGAAUCUGACUGUGUCUUGGCUGAGAGAUUAUCUGGAGUUCCUGCAAACCAUCGGCCUCAGUAAUCCAACCCAGACUCAGUUUGUAGACAUAUUGCGAGAGAAUUUCCUGAAGAUUCCAGCCUACCAGAAAUACUCCUUAGAUGUCGUCUUCAGUGACAAUGGCACCACUGUGGCGGCAACAAGAUUCUUUGUCACCACCAAGGACUUGGAUUCCACAGACAAAGAGCGAUUCAUGAUGACAGAUAUGAGGGAGAUAGCCGAGAACUCAGAACUUCCCGCUAUAGCUUACCAUCCGGCCUUUAUUUUCUUCGAUCAAUACAUAGCCAUCCUACCUAACACACUGCAGAACAUGUUUAUCGCUGUGGGCGCCAUGUUCAUCGUGGCCCUGCUCAUGAUCCCCAACCCCAUCUGUUCUCUCAUUGUCACCCUUUCCGUAGCCUCCAUCGUCACAGGGGUGGUCGGGUUCAUGACCCUGUGGCAGGUCAACCUCGACUCCAUCGCCAUGACCAACCUCAUACUCUGCAUAGGUUUCAGUGUGGAUUUCUCAGCCCACAUCACCUAUGCCUACAUAGCAGCUAACACAGGCCGUCGUCGCAGUAACGUUAUUUACGCCCUAUUCUCCCUUGGAAUGCCGAUCGUUCAAGGAUCCCUUUCUACCAUACUCGGUGUCGUAGUUCUCGCCUUCACAGACUCUUACAUCUUCCGGACUUUCUUCAAGACCAUGUUUCUCGUGAUCUCCCUUGGAGCGCUGCACGGACUGCUCUUUCUGCCAGUAAUGUUCUUGCUCACAAUUCCCGUUAAGUCUCGCUGAGUGGAGGAUUCUAGUGAGAAGAUUUGUUGGCUCUGACAACACUUUGUGCACAGGCAGAUAUUAUUAACAGUAGAAUUAUCAUAAUUGAAAUUAGUGCCAAAAUUGUUUUAAGACAGAGCUGGGGGAGGGGCGACCUACCCCCCCCCCCCCCCUUCGGAUCCGUGCCUUGUACACGGACCAUUUGAAGGCCUGACGUCCACAUAACUAUGUGGACAUUUUGUAAAUACAUAAAUAAAAAUGCAUAUUACCGAUUGCCUACAGUGACCCAAACAAUUAGUUGUAUCCAUUUUAAUAACCAGUAAAUACUCUCAGACACUAACUUAAAGGGCACAUAUCCAUCAUGUUUGUUCAUCUUGUAUACAUGAACAGUUAAUUUCUUUGUCAAUGUAAGAUAAAAUUGUCUACUAAUGUGCCGUCUGUAGGCCUAUGUAAUUUAAAAAAAUAAUAAAUGCAACACUGUUGUUUUUAGUAUGAAUAAAGUAACUAUCAUUAAGCAAACACCUAAAAAAUGGAAGGGCUUUUGAAGUUAAUUAAAUGUAACCUUAUCAAAUAUGGCUGAAAUAUACCAGCCUUCAAAUUGUUCAUCAAUUGGACGUAGACAGUUGGCCCGUGUGAAUGCCUGAUGUGCUCCCCCUCCCCCUGCCCCACUCAAAAUGUUAAGAAGCAAAUAGUGUAAUGUUUAAAAAAAAGCAGGAUGUUCGGCAUAACUUGUCAUUUUUUCAUGUGAGUACAUCGACAUUUGGUACAAACAGUUUUUUUCUGAGGUGAUGAUCAAUCAAAUUAACAAGUUUUGGCGCUGAGUGACGCUAUUCCAACCUUAGGAUUUUUAAGUUUAGUUGCUUACGAUGAUUUAAUACACGUAUUCCAUUUUCAUAUUCAAGAACUGUCAACAAAACCAAGAACCAAGAAAUUUCUGCAGAGAGGUAAAAACACUAAAAGCGGCUUUAUAGGCGGAAGUGGCAGCCAUCUGAUUCCCAGUGUGUAUUAAAGUUGGUGCCGUGGGAAUACAUUUUGGGCGUACUUAGAGAGCUUUAUAGAGCCUGGCAAAGAAAAAAUGAUUGAUCACAACAAUGCAAUUUUCUUUCUUGUUUCCUCGUUGGUCCUAUGACCCUGAAGUAUUGUUGAUAAUGAAAGGGUAAUGUAAAAAAAACCACUAUGUUUAUUUCAUUGCGUUCAUUAAAAAAAUAGUGUUCAUUCAAAUGAUUGUCAUUGCGAGUAACCUCCACUAUAGAAACUUCCGAGAGAAAACAGUCAACGUUACUGUAAACUGGCCAGCCCUCUGAUCUAUCUUAAUCCUUUGUCCAAACAGUGGCUUUAAAAUCCCUAACACUUAUUAGUGUAAUAAAGCCACAUGCGCUGUCACACAGCUGAUAGUGACAAGUGCAGGGGAUUAGCAGUCGUAUCUGAUAACAGGGGCCAGUUUGUUGUCAAAGGGAUUAACAAGAUCAGUACUGUAUUCCUUCGGAGUUUACUCGAGAAGCUGCUAGAAGCACUUACACCUGAUGGCAAUCAAAACUUUCAUUGCAAUUUUGUAUGCAAAGAGGUUCUACAGAAUGAAGGACGAGAUAAGAAGGGUAAUUGCGAUUGGCAUGGUGAUUAAACCAAAAGUAAUAUUCACAUUUGUUUUGGACUGUGAAUUUUAGAAAUGAUUGUGCGAACUGCUUUAAUUAAGUUAUACUAAUGUUCAUCGUGCAAUUUAAAGAUAAAUUAUUUUUUUUAUUUAUGGUUCGUUAUUUUUCUCAUUUCAACUUGUUAAAUUGCAUUUCCGAAGCUCAACUUGUUUGUUUCUGCAGUUCCUUAAUUUAUUUUAUAAUACUUGACUGCAGGUGUAUAUUGUAUUUCAAUAAAAAAAUUACCACUUACAGUAUUUGUAAUUAUCGUAUAUGACAAUAGGGUAAAGACAUGGUUUUUGGAUAAAAGGUAAGCAAUGGAAGACAGUCUAGAGUAAUUUUACAUAUUUUCUUACUUUGCACGAAGUCAUACAAACUUGUAAACUGCGUAUCCGAAUUUCGCUUCAUUUGUUUCUGCGGUUCCUAAAAACGCAUUUAUACUUGGCUGCAGAUGUAUGUCGUAUGUCGGUAAAACUUUUACCUCUCACAGUAUUUGUAUUUAUCAUGUAUGCAUGACAAUAAUAGACUUCU